GGGGUGCGGUAUGAACACCUGGUGGCGGGCGUGUCUGGCGGGGUGGCCUCCACGCUCAUCUUGCACCCACUGGACCUCCUCAAGAUUAGAUUUGCUGGCGAUGGGGCAGCCUCCGCCAAGCCACACUACACAGGACUGACGCAAGCUGUGGGCCAGAUCUUCCGCCACGAGGGAAUCCGUGGCUUGUACAGAGGAGUGACGCCUAAUGUGGGGGGUGCUGGGUCUGCCUGGGGAUUCUACUUCCUGUUUUACAACACCAUCAAGUCAUGGCUUCAGGGCGGCAACUCCAAGGUGCACCUGGGGCCAGGCCUGCACAUGGUGGCCGCGGCAGAGGCUGGCGUUCUCACCCUCGUCAUGACCAACCCCAUAUGGGUCGUCAAAACCAGGUUGUGCCUCCAGUACACCGAAGGUGCCAGUGCUGGUGCCGCGGCAAGUGCCACACACUACAAUGGCAUGGUGGACGCGCUCGUUAAGACCUACAAGUUAGAGGGAGUGCGUGGUCUGUACAAGGGUUUUGUGCCCGGGGUAUUUGGAGUGAGUCACGGGGCGCUGCAGUUCAUGGCGUACGAAGAGAUGAAGGUGCAGUACAACCGAUACCGCAGUCUUCCCAUUGAUUCUAAGCUGGUGACAUUUCCUUUGUUCACAGACCAUGGUGGAGUAACCUCGCCUUCUGCCUCACUGUCCAAGCUGUUCGCGGCUGUCACCACGUACCCCUACCAGGUGCUGAGGGCGCGCAUGCAGGACCAGCACGCACAAUACGACAACCUAAGACACUGCAUCAAAGAAACCUGGAGACUGAACCACAUCGUCGGGUUCUAUAGGGGACUGUCGCCCAACCUGAUGCGUGUAGUGCCCGCCACAGCCAUCACCUUCGUCGUGUACGAGAAGACCUCAGAGUUCUUAUUCCAGUUCAGAUCAGAGGACCAGACCGCCGCCAGUCCCGGACAGGACUAAUCCGUCAGCCCCCCGCCUGAGGGCCCUGCGAGGCAGACUGAGGCGGGAAAGCAGAUGGACGACUAGGCAGGCUUUACUUUCAGGAACGUCGGGGCCAGGCCCGUCCAGAACGAGGCCCGACAGACGCCAAAGAUCAUACAUUUUAAGGUUACAACAUUUUUUAUCUUUCUUUCAUGCUAAUUGUUUCGUUACUUGUCAUUUCUCGCCGCAGCUCAUGUAUGGUUCCAAGAACACCAGAUAAACAGUGUACAUAGCAUCGUGA